UCUAUGACCUCUCUCUUCUUUCUUUAUUUUAUAUAUAUAUAUUUUUUCUCGAUCCGAAGUGAAUAAUCUAAAAAUUCACGUCUCAGACUUCUCAAAAUUAGAUCUGACAUCAAAUUCUCUUAGAAAUUUUUUUCUAAAACGCGAUCAUAAUUUCAAUCUAAUUCAGAUCUUGAGAAAUAGAACAAAAAACCCUAAUUUAAUUUUGUGUAAUUUGUAAGAUCCGUGCGGAGAAGAUCGGAUCUCCGAAGUAUUGGUGUUUGAAUUUUGAAUAAGAUUUUGUAAUAUAUGGUCGUUGCUGGAUCGAAUUGUUGCGAGUGGAAUAAUUGUGCGGGAAUUGAAGAAACCCUAGGUGAGAUGGGGAAGGAUGGGACUAAGGUUGAAGAUGUGGAAGAAGGUGAAAUUUCUGAUACGGCUUCGGUGGAGGAGAUCAGUGAGGAGGAUUUUAAGAAGCAGGAGAGUGCUACGAUGCCGACGACGACGAUGACGGCGACGACGAAUAAUGUGUCGGCGAAACCGAAGGCCGGAGCUAGGGUUUGGACGAUGCAGGAUCUGUACAAGUACCAGGUCUCGCGCGGCUAUGCUUCGAGCUUGUAUAACCUGGCGUGGGCACAGGCCGUGCAGAACAAGCCUCUGAAUGAGUUUUUCGUGGUGGAGAAGGAGGAGGUUGGGCCCGAGGAGAAGUCGAAGCGAUCGUUGGCUUCGCCGAAUGCGAAUCCAAAGGUGGUUGAUGAAGUUGUUAUUGAUGAUGAUAGUGGGGAAGAGAUGGAUGUGGAGAAGGAGGAAGGUGAAUUGGAGGAAGGGGAGAUUGAUUUGGACUCGGAGCCGGUCGAAAAGGUGGCCCAAGCCGAAGGAUUUAUAGAAGAAGCGGUUUUGAGUAAUGAGGGAGUGAGAGUUGAGAGCUCUGAGAUUGAUUCGAAGGAGAGAGUGAAUUCGAUUCGGGAAGCUCUAAAAAGUGUGACUGUGAUAGAAGCAGAGAAAUCGUUUGGGGAAAUUUGUUCCCGAGUGCGCAACACUUUGGAGAGGUUGCGGGUAGUGUUCUUGGAAUUUAAUGUUCCCACAAAGGAGGCUCUUGUUCAAUUGUCGUUCACUGCAAUUCAAGCAGUCAAUUCUGUGUUCUGCUCCAUGAACAAUAAUCAAAAGGAACAGAAUAGAGACUACAUGUUGAGUUUAAUUUCUGAUGUCAAGAACUGUGAUCCCCCUCUGUUCUCCUCUGAGCUGAUGAAAGAGAUAGAGGCCAUGAAGCCCUCUUUGGAUUCUGUUGAUCUUUUGUGGAGUGCUAGAGAUGGUGAUAAAGAGAAAGAAAUACCAGCCCUUGAUGGGGUGCAUAAUAAGGAUUCUGAUACUUCACCCAAAAACACUGGCCGUGAAUUGACUUCUAAUAACUUAUCUUCAGAUUCUUUGGCUGUUGGAUCUUUGGUUCAUAAUAGCUUAAAUGUGUUAUCUGAAGUCUCAAAACCAGCAGUAUCUAGCUUUAAGGGUAGAGGAGUACUACUCCCGCUGUUAGACCUUCACAAGGAUCAUGAUGCAGACAGUCUCCCCUCACCCACUCGGGAAGCACCAUCACGUUUCCCUGUACACAAAGUAAUGGCUGUUGGAGAUGGGAUAGCUAAAUCGGUGUUGCCCAUAGCUAAAGUGCCACAUGACACUGAAGAUUCGAAAUUGCAUAUAUAUGAAACCGAUGCCCUCAAAGCUGUUUCGACCUAUCAACAAAAGUUUGGUCGGAAUUCAUUCUUUACAAGUGACAGACUUCCUAGCCCGACCCCUUCAGAAGAAUGUGACGAUGGGGAUGGUGACACUAGUAGCGAGGUGUCUAGUUCUUCGACUAUUGUUAAUUUAAGAAAUAUAAAUCCACCCGUUAUUGGGCGACCAAUUGCUCCCUCUAUGGACAUUUCUAGCAUUCAAGGACCCAUUACUGUUAAAAGUGUUGCAGCUAUAACUUCGUCUAAUACACCGGUGAAAGCUUCAGCAAAGAGUAGAGACCCUAGGCUUCGGUUAGCCAGUUCUGAUGUGAAUGGUUUAGAUCUUAACCAGCGCCCCUUCUCUAUCAUGCAUAAUGCACCUAAAGUAGAACCCAUUGGAACGGCAAGUUCAAGAAAGCAAAAAACUGUUGAGGAGCCUAGUUUGGAAGGUCCUGCACUAAAAAGGCUAAGGAAUGGUUUGGAAUAUUCUGGAGUCAUUAGGGAUGUGAGAACCGUGUCUGGAAGCGGUGGCUGGUUGGAGGACACUGGUAUAGUUGGACCUCAGUUAAUUCAGAGGAACCAGUUGAUGGAGAAUGCAGAAACCGAUUCCAUAAAAAUGGCUAAUGUUGUAAAUAUUCCUGGUAGUAGUUGUGUUAAUGCCAGUGCGACAAUUAGUGGAAAUGAGCAGGUGUCAGUGACAGGUACUAGUACUGUAGCCUCGUUGCCUGCUUUAUUGAAAGAUAUUGCUGUGAAUCCAACUAUGCUGAUAAAUAUACUUAAGAUGAGGCAACAACAGAGUCUCGUAGCAGAAGCCCAGCAAAAAUCUGCUGAUCCUACGAAAAGUACGCUACCACCAAACUCAAACUCAAUACUGGGAGCAGUGCCCUUGGUGAAUGUUGCUCCAUCAAAGGCCUCAGGGCUUUUCCCGAAACCAGCAGUUACACUUCAGAUUCCUUCACAAAUAGCUCCCAUGAGCAUGCAGGAGGACUUGGGAAAGAUUCGCAUGAAACCUCGUGAUCCCCGCCGUAUCCUCCAUGGCAAUGCACUUCAGAAGGGUCCAAGCUUGGGAAAUGAGCAGCUCAAAAAUAUUUUACCCCCUACAUCAAGCACCCAGGGAAGUAAGGAUAAUCUGAAUGCGCAAAAGCAAGAGGGUCAGGCAGAUACAAAGUCAGUGCCUUCUCAAUCAGUCACAGUACCUGACAUUGCUCGGCAGUUCACAAAGAAUCUGAAAAAUAUUGCUAAUAUCUUGUCUGUUUCCCAAGCAUCUUCAACCCUACCAAUAAUUUCUCAGAAUAUAUCCUCUGAAGUAGUACAGGUUAAGUCAGACAAAGUGGAUAAGAAAGCUGCUGGCUCAAAUUCUGAGGAGCAGCAGUCUGGGACUAGUUCAGCACCUGAAGUAGGUGCAGCAAUUGCCUGUCGCUCACAAAAUGCUUGGGGGGAUGUUGAGCAGUUAUUUGAAGGAUAUGAUGACCAGCAAAAAGCUGCAAUACAGAGAGAGAGGGCUAGGAGGAUAGAAGAACAGAAGAAAAUGUUUGAGGCACACAAGCUCUGCCUUGUCUUGGAUCUUGAUCACACGCUUCUUAAUUCAGCUAAGUUUGUGGAAGUAGAUCCAGUUCAUGAUGAGAUAUUGAGAAAGAAAGAGGAACAAGAUCGUGAAAAAUCACAGAGACACCUCUUCCGCUUUCCUCAUAUGGGAAUGUGGACCAAACUAAGGCCUGGUAUUUGGAAUUUUUUGGAGAAGGCUAGUCAGCUGUUUGAGCUGCAUCUGUACACCAUGGGGAACAAGCUGUAUGCUACAGAGAUGGCAAAAGUGCUUGAUCCGAAAGGGGUUCUGUUUGCAGGACGAGUUAUCUCUAGGGGUGAUGAUGGGGAUCUCUUCGAUGGUGAUGAGAGGGUUCCAAAAAAUAAGGAUCUGGAAGGGGUUCUGGGUAUGGAAUCAGGCGUGGUAAUUGUAGAUGAUUCUGUGAGGGUUUGGCCGCAUAACAAGCUGAACUUGAUAGUUGUAGAAAGGUAUACAUACUUUCCCUGUAGUAGACGCCAAUUUGGGCUUCUAGGUCCUUCUCUGCUUGAGAUUGAUCAUGAUGAGAGACCAGAAGAUGGAACUCUUGCAUCCUCUUUGGCGGUUAUUGAGAGACUACAUCAAAACUUUUUCUCCCAUGAUUCAUUAGAUGAAGUUGAUGUUAGAAAUAUACUAGCUGCGGAACAGCGGAAGAUUUUGGCUGGCUGUCGUAUUGUGUUUAGCAGGGUGUUUCCGGUUGGCGAAGCCAAUCCUCACCUACAUCCAUUGUGGCAGACAGCGGAACAGUUUGGUGCUGUAUGCACCAAUCAAAUAGAUGAACAGGUUACACAUGUAGUUGCAAAUUCUCUUGGGACUGAUAAGGUGAAUUGGGCUCUUUCUACAGGACGAUUUGUUGUAUAUCCAGGCUGGGUGGAAGCAUCGGCUUUGCUUUACCGGAGGGCAAAUGAGCGAGAUUUUGCCAUUAAACCAUAAACAAUCUUCUCCCUAACCCCCCGAUGGUAAACUUAAACCUGAUAAAUAUAAAAUCAAGAAUCGCAUUGAAGUUGUGGAUGGAUCAUGAGGUCAUGCUGGGUAGAAUCAGGCUAGACCUGAGAAUACUUGGCAUAGUUUUGAUUCAUGUUAUCCAUCCAUUAUAGCUGGCGGCGGCAAUUUCCCUUCUAAUACCCGCCAAUUUGCCGAGGAGUUCAGUCAAGGAAUACAUAAGAUUAUAUCAGACUGCUAGAGUCAAACUUUUUCAUUAUUUAGUGGGUUACAUUUUUAGGGGAAGAUAGCAUCGAGUCGUGUGGUAGUUGACCAAGAUGAAUGGGGUUGGCUGUGACUAAACUUUCCCCACUGCGGCAAGAUUUUGGACACAGAUUUGCCCUUGAGGCCUUGACAAGUGCUGAGUCAAUGCAUAAGCCUCAUGGGAACAUGAAAGGUGAUUGUAAAGGUUGGGAGAUCCAAAAUGUAAAAUGAAUGAUAAGAUAAAAACAGUAUGAAAGAGUAACCGACCUACUGGAGUUGCUUUAAAAUACUACUAUAGUAGGGGAAAAGUCACAUAGAUGUUGAAGCACGAAGAGACAGACUGGAAGGGAAAAGACGAAAGGGCCUUGCUUUAGCCUCCUUUGUGUACAAAAAAAGAAGAGUGAAUUCUGGCAUCCCAAGGAAUCAAUUUGGCUUGCCUUAAACGGAUAUAUAUUUUUUAAUUUCAUUCCUUUGAUCCGCA